ACAUUCAACGAGGCAAUCAUCGAGGAAAGAGAGCAAGGAAUUAGAGAGAUUCAAGAACAGAUUGGUGAAGUGAAUGAAAUCUUCAAAGAUCUAGCUGUUUUAGUGAACGAUCAAGGAGUUAUGAUCGAUGACAUCAGCUCUAACAUUGAUAACUCACAAGCUGCAACUGCACAAGCCACUGCUCAACUCAGAAAAGCAUCUAAAACUCAGAGAGCAAACUCAUCUUUGACAUGUCUUCUUAUUCUCAUUUUUGCGAUUGUUCUGCUCAUUGUCAUCAUCGUUGUCUUGGUCUGAGCAUCGAACUCCAAGAAUCAAGCCAAAGACGAGUGGAUGAAAACCAUACAAAUUACCCCAAUAAAGAUAUAAACUAUUGUACAGAUUCUUUAUACUCCAUUUGUCUUUCCCAUGUAAUCGAAAUGAAUCUUGAUUUCUAAUUUUAUGAAUGUUGUAUGUGUUAAUCCAUCUUAAAG